AUGCUCAACAAAUUCACAACAUAUGCAAAUGACAAUCUAUCCAACUGCCUCGAGCAACGACAGAUUCCAUUAAUAACAAUAGCUGACCCUGUUUUUUGUCAUGCAAUAAAACCGAAUCCCAUAUCCCCAACACUUGUAUCUAAGUUAAAUCUGCCCCUCAUCGAAUUUCCAAAAUCGAACAACUAUACAGAACAGAAAGAUCAACAUAAUAUGUUACAACCCCCUGUUUGGCAAAGCACCCUGUCCCAUCCCACCCGUCACAGAGCCAAAGCAUUCUAUCCCACUCGAGUCGAUCCCCGAGUGAGAAGAAAACGUAUCGUGAACGAAAUCCACCUGAGAUCGAAACCCACUACGAACGAAUGGAAAUGUCUCACCCGUCUCCGAGCCAAUCCCCAAGCGGAAACGAAACGUACUGUGAACGAAACCGACCUGAGAUUGAAACCUAUACCAUAA